AUGCUAGAAUCAAUUUUAUUUGCUAUUUUUAUUUGGUCAAUAAUAAUUUUAAAAAUUAUUUUCCGUUCCACCCCACAAGAAACCCAAACCAAUAGCCACAUCCAAACCAAUAACCACACCCACACCAAUAACCACACCCACUCAAACAACCACAAAAUUAAAGAAACCACAAAUUCUACCCCAAUCGAUCAAUCCCCACAAGAAAAAAACAAGUAUGAUAGUACCUCAACAUUCCAUUAUUCCGCAUAUAGAAACUUAUAUUGUUGUUCCGAAUAUUAUAAUAAUCAAGAUAAUUCUGGUCGUUCCACAGUAACUCAAGAAAUUUUAAGUCAUUCUCCAAAGCAAUUUCUUGAAAAAAUCCAUGCCCCAAAGGAACCAUCACAACCAGAAAAUCUAUUUCCAUAUUCACCAUUCGACCACACCAGAGAAAGAAUGGAAAAAGAAAAAAUAGAAAAGGAACAACAAAAAGAAAAGGAAGAUAUGGAACAAUUAAAUAGAGAAACCCAAGAACGUAUUGAAAAAUUAGAAAAAGAAAGAAAAGAAAGAGAAUAUAGAGAAUCUUUGGAAAGACAAAGAUUAAUAAAAGAAAGACUUGAAAAAGAAAUUGAAGAAGCAAAGGAAAAGAAAAGAAAAUUAAGAGAAAAAAUAGAAAGAGAAAAAAAAGAAAAAGAACAAAAAGAAAGAGAAAAAAAAGAAAGAGAACAAUUAGAACGUACCCAAACAAUUUUAAAAGAAACUUUAGAAAGAGCAAUGGAAAGGGUACGUUUAGAAAACUUAGAAAGAGAAAGAUUAGAAAUAUUAGAAAGAGAAGAAAGAGAAAAAGAACAACAAUUAAGAGAACAACAAGAAAGAGAAGAAAGAGAAAAUCAAGAAAGGGAACAACAACAAAGAGAAGAAGCAGAACGUAGAGAAAACCAAGAUCCUUGCACUAUUUGUAUGGACACAAUUGAACCAAGCCAACUUGCCGCAAUCGAUUGUAACCACAUCUUUUGUUUCGAUUGCAUUAUGGAAUUGUCUUAUCGUCGUGAUAACACAUGUCCAAAUUGUAGAGCUCCAUUCUUUUUAGUAAGAAGUCAAUGGUUCAACAAACUAAGCCAACUUAGAACAAGUUCAGAUUCAAUUCUUUCUUUUUCAGUUUCAAUAUGUUAUUUAUUUCGAGUAAUUAUUCAUACAUCGGGGGUUUCAUAUAUUCCAUUAUAUCGCGGUUCAGUCACUCAUCAAACAUUUGGGGUUCAUUAUUUUCUUUUCAAUCGGGGUUUUCAGAUCAUUAAUCAAACAUUUGGGGUUCAAUAUCUUCUUUUAAAUUGGGGUUUUCAAGCUAUUCAUCAUACAAUGGAGUUUUCAAGUCAUUCUUCAAAUAUUGGGGUUCAUUAUUUUCCUGUGGUUUUCGAGUCAUUCAUUAAACAUUGGGGCUGUUUUUCAAAUAUUUCAUCAAACAUUGUCGGUUUAUUAAUUUAUCAAACGCUGUGGUUCUUUCAAAUCGUUCAUCAUACAUUGGGUGUUAAUAACCAUAUUAUAGAUUUGGAUAAGGAUUAUAAUAAUAUCGAUAACAUGGAAAUGGACCAUUAUAAUAUAUAG